AUGAUUUAUAAGCGUGAAUAUGAAUUAUUGAAUGUCCUAGAUGGGUCUAUGGAAAAGGCGAAUUUCUUGGUUGCAAGUGAUGUUCAUGAUAAUAAAUCAUUGAUAAACCUUGAAAAUUUUGAAGAGACGACAUCUGAUAACCACCAAAUCAAUAGUAAGGGAAUUGUAGUUGAACAACCAAAAAUACAACCUUACGAAGCCGAAUUUGUUGAAUUCAGCGUUAAUAUAACGGAUUCGUAUACCCAGCUGAAAUCAAUGGAUGAACCUGAUCAAUUUUCCGUAACUGAAACAAAAAUGUCUCAAACCACGAAUGUUCCUAGCGACACAAUAUCAAUAUCUUUACUCGAUGAAAUUAACAGUGAUUUUACAGGACCAUCGAUAAUUCAACCAAAUGUCACCACAACUACCCUUUCCUUACUUAAUCAUACCGAGAAUUUAAGCGAAAAAGAUAUUAUAUUAAGUGAAUAUGAUGCUGAAGAUGAAGAAUCCGCAGGAGAUAACUUCUUUGCUUCAAUUGAUAGUAUGCGAUCGGAAUCAUCGACUUUUAAUGCAAAAAUUCCAGUUUCAAGCAAAAUAUUUCAGACUAAUUCACCAAUAAAUUUUAUUGAUCAAAACAAUUGCCCACCUCCUAGUGUUUGCAAGCCUAACUGUGGAAUUUAUAUUGACGAUAAUGGAUGUCAAACAUGUCAAUGUAUUUGGCUUUCUACGGAAUGUACUCAUAACUCGGAUUGCAACGAUAGCUUGAAAUACUGUGAUAUUGGUCGAUGCCAGUGUAAAAAAGAUAAUGAUGCAAUUGCUGAAAACAAUUCUACGGUUAAAACCGAAGCCAAUGAAAAUGAAAGUACGACUGCUUUUGGAACCACUUUCGAAACGUAUGACGCUAACUCGAAUAAUAGGAUUGGAAGAAAUUCAGUAAACCAAAUUUCAUCGAUGGAAAAAAUAUCUGAAGAGCAAUCGCCAUUUAGUACUGAUUUAACAUAUAAAUGA